GCCUGUGUUUGACUCGCACCCGCAAAGUGGUCUGUGCAUAUUGCGCCUACAUCAGCAAUGAGCAAAGUGUGUACUACCAUCUUUAUGAUAACACCGCCACAGACAGCACAGUGCUAGACAAAGCCACGUACGAUGUCCAGGAUUUCACGAGGUCAAUGACCUUCCAGGCGAGCGUCGUCAUCGUGGUCACGUGGGAUCGUGUACAGCAGUACUUCCCGUCUGUCGACUACAAACCGACUAACAUGGGUGACGCCACGUUUCAAGUGGCUCUGGUCACCGACUGGUCUGAGUCUUACGCUCUGGUCCAGUACCGGGUGGGUCACAUGACCUGGCGAUACCCAGGCCGCUGGUACAGCAUUCAAAUGGGAGUCGCUAAAGGAGAAAUCACAACAUUCCAGCCAAAUGUGUAUUCUGGAACUGAACUGGCCUAUGAAAUCGACUCGUUCUAUGGAAAUUCAGGAUACAAAGGGUACUGGGUGUACCAGUUAGGAAAGAUCCCAGCCAGCUACACCAAGACAUGCCAAGCCUGGCUUCGUAGGAACAAGAACCUGAAAAAACAGCGAGAGGCAGGUUUUGCCGCCCUACCCAAGUGCCCCUGUUCCAGGAGAGGCAUUUUCAGAGCUGUCGUCAGACAGUGGAGGUUUCAUCGCAGAGACGAGCGAAAUCAGUUCGAGUGCGUCAUCCUCAACGUGGCUCGCACAGGACAGUUCGCUCCCUUUGGGAAGGAGUGUUGCUACUCGACCAAUCCUCUGAAGCCAGACACACUUGACAUGCUCAUCACAUCUCCACCUUUUGCCGGGGCGGCGCUGGCCUUUAACCCUUUGGUCUUCGCUCAAGAGAAGCUGUACGACGCUGAGGACAGGAUCCCACAUGUUGCUUGUUGUGAGCACGGGACAAACAAACAAUGUCGUCGCUACUACAAUCUACGACCCAUCGGAAAAUGCGACCCCAAUCCAGCGAUGCAAUGGACUCCCUUGUACGGUGACCCCCAGAUAACGACCAUGGAUGGCAGGAGGUAUCUCUAUAACGGUCUGGCAGAGAUCACGCUGGUCAAAAUAAACACGUCAAACGUCAGUUUCACCCUUCAGGCCCGGACGCAGAGGGCGGAGCUUCGGCUGGGAACGCCCACCAACGGGACUGUCUUUACGGCGGUCGGGGCGGAGGAGAACGGAGUGAGGGUCUUCCUGCAGAUCGACCCCAACACUAACACCACUCUGAUCGUCUACGCUGGUGGUAGAGACUACACUACCCGUUUCAAUAAAGAGGGAGACGACUUCAUUGUUGACGACGGAAGUGUUUUACUGACACGAGAUAACGACACGUGUGUCGUCAGCUUUCCGUCAGGUAUAAGCCUGCAGAUUUACAUCCGUAUGAAAGCCUUGGUGAUAGGAAUUGCCAUGCCUCACAACUUCCAGACUUUGACAAAAGGGAUGCUGGGAAACUUCAAUGGCGACGAGACAGACGACUUCAUUCUGCCAAGUGGAGAGCGUCUGAACAACAGUUUGAGCGAGCGGCAGAUUUUCAACUUGUUUGCCAACAAAUGGCUGGUCAACGCCAACAACAGCGUCAUGCGAUACGAGGCCAGAAUGGGUCCAGCGGACUUCUAUCGCCAAGACUUUCAACCUGUCUUCCUGGACGAGGUGGACCCGUCUCGACUAACACAAGCCAAGAAUCUGUGUGGAGACACCAACAUGCCCUGCAUCUACGACUUCCUGGCCACUGGAGACGAAAGCUUUGCUUUUCAGACGUCAGACCUCCGAAACCUGUCCGACAUCCUCAUCCAGCAGAGCAAGAACACAGCGCCAGUCCUACAGGUGCCUGAAGCUGUUUACGUCACUAUACACGUCGUAGCAGCGUUUGUCGUCACUGGCGUUGAUCCUGACGUCAGUGACAGUUUGACCUAUCGAUUGUUAGAUGACGCAAACGGAAUUCUAAGAAUAGAUCAAUCAACUGGGGAAGUCAGCGUCAACAUGACAUCUUUAACACCCUUCAAAAUCGAGAUUUAUGCCGUGGACUCAGUGGGCACUCAGUCUCCUGUAGAGUCCAUUCCAAUCGUCGCCUGCUCCGGGUGUUCAGGUCACGGCACGUGCAACAUGUCGGACACUAGAGACGUGCUGGGUGACCACGACUUCCAGUUCGCCGUCUGUCGGUGCGGACCGGCCUGGGCGGGAGACAACUGCGAACUGGACAAAGACGGGUGCAGUGACAGCCCUUGCCACCCUCUUCGGACCUGCACAGACAUACCAGCCAGUCGACAAGGCGAUAGUGAUAUCGGGUACACAUGCAGCGCGUGUCCUCAGGGGUUCUUUAUGAAGAACGAUUCCAAGGACUGUUUCGACGUCGACGAAUGUCUCAUCAGUACGUUACAUGGCUGCGACAUGAUUUGCACCAACACGUACGGCAGUUACGAAUGUUCCUGUCAGGAAGGCUAUCGUCUGAGCACUAACGGUCAUUCCUGUACUGACGUCAACGAAUGUAUUGAGAGAACUCACGACUGUCAGCAGAUCUGUACCAACACUGCUGGCGGCUUCCAGUGCGAGUGCGAGGCAGGCUACACCUACGACAGCACCUCGAAGUCUUGUACUGUGAAUGCCGACUUUCCUCAGGUUUGCAGGACCAGUACCUGCUCUCAGGGCUGCAGAGUCAUCACGGAUGCUGCAAAGAUCAGCCGACCGCAGUGUUUCUGUUAUCUCGGUUACGACCUGGACGUCAGGGACAACGCGACGUGCGUGGACCGCGAUGAAUGUCGGGACAAAGUGUGUGACCAGGUGUGUAACAACACGGCGGGCGGCUUCUCCUGCUCCUGCUACGACGGCUUCGCCCUGAACAAGGAUGAGCGCACGUGCUCGGCCUGCCCGUAUCUCAAGUACGGCCCCGAGUGUCGCCAGACGUGCACGUGCAGUGGCAGGAGCGUAGCGUGUCAUCCUGUACGGGGCUGCGUCUGUCAGGACGGCUGGACUGGCACUACGUGCGCGGAUGACGUAGACGAAUGUGUAGAGAACCCGGAUGUGUGCGGCUCCGAUCAGACAUGCGUCAACAACAAGGGAUCUUACUCUUGUGUCUGUCGUUCGGGUUACGCUUCUGACGACAGCGGAGUCUGUCGAGAUAUUGACGAGUGUACUACAGACAUCCCAUGUAAAGAGAACCAACAGUGUAAUAACAUUCCGGGUGGCUACUACUGCAGCUGUAACCCAGGCUACACCAAGUCUAAUACAGGGAACUGCACGGAUGUUAAUGAAUGUGCGGCCAACCGAGGAGACUGCCAGCACGACUGUGUCAACGUCCUCGGCUCCUUCAACUGCGAGUGUAAAUACGGCUACAGACUCAACGCUGACCGCAAGACCUGUACUGAGGUGCGAGAAGUUUGUGUCAUCCCGACGACAUGCAGCAAAGCCGACGGAUGUACCCUUGACGAUAACAACAAUGACUUGUGUUUCUGUAACAGCGGCUACACGAUCAACCAAAAUACGCAAACCUGCCAAGACAUUGAUGAAUGCACGACGGGGCUGGCCAACUGUUCCCACAACUGUACUAACACACCUGACAGUUUCACCUGUAGCUGUCCUGUCGGAAAGAAGCUGGAUAAUGACGGCCUCACGUGCUCCACCUGCUUGCCUGGGACGUUCGGACCUAACUGCACUCAAGUGUGCGCAUGCGCAGCUGGGGCGGAACGCUGUGACGCUGUUUCCGGUUGCGUGUGUCGUCAAGGUUGGGAAGGCGAAAAAUGUGACAAAGAUGUUGAUGAGUGUCAGCAAAGAACGUUGCCUGCUAACUGUACAGGAGCAAACGUAGAAUGUGUCAACACUAACGGAGGCUACACGUGCAGGUGUCGUCAGGGAUACGCUGCAGACAACAACGGCGUGUGUCAAGAUAUUAACGAAUGUUCUGAGCCAGUUUGUGAUCAGAAUUGCAACAACACCAUCGGCAGCUACGUUUGCACCUGCGACAACGGCUUCUACUGGAAUACAACCACCCUGACAUGCAAAGAUGUGGACGAAUGCGCUACCCUGGAGACAAAUGUUUGUACUCAACGCUGUGAGAAUACCGCAGGAUCAUUCCGCUGCUCCUGUAACGUCACAGGAUACAUCCUGAACAACGACGGCUUCACGUGCAGAUUGCCAGCAAUGAAUUCAGAAGCCACGCAGACCCCAUGGACGGAAGUGACUUCACUGAGCACUGACUUGACAAAAGUGACAUCACUGAGCACUGACUUGACAAAAGUGACAUCACUGAGCACUGACUUGACAAAAGUGACAUCACUGAGCACUGACUUGACAAAAGUGACAUCACUGAGCACUGACGACUUGACAGAUGUGACAUCACUGAGCACUGACAACUUGACAGAUGUGACAUCACUGAACACUGACAACUUGACAGAUGUGACAUCACUGAGCACUGACAACUUGACAGAUGUGACAUCACUGAACACUGACAACUCAACGGAAGAGUCUGCUACACCUUUCGCAUCAGUGACUUCAAAAGCCAACGACACUGAUCUCUCGACAGACGUCAGCAACACCACAGCGACAGCGGAGCUGACGACCGGACAGAUCGCCGGCAUCGUCGUUGGAAGUGUUGGAGGUGUCGCCGUUGUAGCAACAGCAGUUGGCUUUGUGGUGCUGAAAGUGAAAGCGCACAUGAUGAUAGGAGUUCAACCGUUGGGCUGAAAAACGUUGUUCCAGCUCCAAGAUGAAAAUAAAGCACAAGUCUUUUUGAAAAUGUCGCACAUUUACAAGAAAAUACAGAGUUACAAACUGUCAUGUUUUUAUGUUUCGGUAUUAUAUAUAAAUCUGACAUAAAUAUAAAAGUCUCUUGGCUAUAUGCAGUAGAUCAUUUUUAAACUUUCCAAUUAAUUGAAUAAAAUAAAUGAGACUCGCAGUAAUACUAUUUUUUAUCAUAAUCAACUAAUUGAAGUAAACUGGGACAACAAAUUGUGUCUUUCAGUAUCACUUCUUUUGUUUAUUUUCUGUUUUAAAACAAAUAAGUAAUCAUUUAGAAUGUUCCUUCCUCUAAAAAUGCCUAUUAAUAUAUUGUACAUGUCGCAUCUGAAUUUCUUUAACUUCUACUUUUUAUGGGGUUCUUCCAUUUACGUUUUAACUGUAAUGUAGUUUUAAACUGUGCUAGCGAGUACAUUAUCUUGAAUUUUUCUACGAAUAGACUUAACCAAUAUUUUGUGUGUUAUUUUUCUGUCGUGUUAUCAAUUAAAACGUUUUUCACUUCUGAUAUUAUAUUUCUUAAAAUAACGUAGAUUGUAAGCUUACGAUUAUGAUAACGUUUAUACCAUGAUCAUCAUUCAUCACUAAAAAACUUCUAUCAAGUGCACAGAGAACCUUUGCUUUCCACAUAGUUAUUUCGAUUUAAGAAAAACUAGCUGAACGAAUACUUUUGGACAGGAGCAAAGUCUGAGAUAAUCAGGUCAGAGUUCUUUUUAAGAGAACGAAUUAUGAUUUACUUUUACAAUCCGUGUCACAAAGAUAAAAUCACUCUUAAAGGCAUAAGACAUGUAGUAACGAUGAACAGAACUGUGUGGGAGGCAAAACAAGCAGAACCCCAGUCAAGACACCAAGAAGGGCAAGUGGGGCUAGAUAUCACACAAUUAGAAAAAAAUCAUUUUUUCAAUAGAAACGUGCCAUUUUCACACAUUGUUAUAAAAGUGUCUCAAAUGCA